CAUUCCAACAAGAGAAGUGCUUGAGAGGAGAAAAGUAUCAAAACUUCAUGUAGCCAAAGGCAAACAAAAAAAAAGAAGAGGAAGAAAUAAAUGGCAAAGGAAGGUCUAGGACUUGAGAUCACAGAGCUUCGAUUGGGACUUCCAGGAGAUAAUUAUAGCGAAAUCUCAAUUUGCGGAUCGAAGAAGAAGAAGAGGGUGCUCUCAGAUAUGAUGACCUCAUCAUCGUUAAACACUGAGGAUGAAAACGGCGUCGUUUCAUCCGUUGAGGAUGAAUCUUUGCCGGUGGUGAAGAGUCAGGCGGUGGGGUGGCCACCUGUGUGUUCUUAUAGGAGAAAGAAGAACCAUGAGGAAGCAUCGAAAGCGAUAGGGUACGUGAAAGUGAGCAUGGAUGGUGUGCCAUACUUGAGGAAGAUUGACCUUGGUUCGAGCAACAGUUAUAAUAAUCUAGCCACGGUUCUUGAGAAUCUCUUCGGCUGUCUUGGCCUAGGAGUAGCGAAGGAGGGUAAGAAAUGCGAAUAUAUUAUUAUAUACGAAGACAAGGAUAGAGACUGGAUGCUCCUCGGAGAUGUACCUUGGCAGAUGUUCAAAGAACCAUGCAAGAGGCUUAGGAUCGUGAAGAGAUCAGAUGCGACUGGUUUUGGUCUGCAGCGAGAUUAAUCAUACUAGUGAUAUAUAUGAUCAUCUUAGUUAACCACAAAGUUUGAAAACCGUUGAGUAAAAUUUUUCAUUAUAG